CCAGUUCGAAUCCGCGAACCACCGAUAUAUCCUCCCCGACGAGGACCCAUCCAGUAUCGUGCGUCACUGUCACCAGUGUUUAGUCGUAUAAAAAUAAAAUAGAGAAAAAUAUUGCGACUCUUUGGUUCCUUGUUCAAGUGUAUAACGAGUGGAGGGGAUAGAAGUGUUAAUUAGCUUUUUCGCAUCCAUUUUCCGCGAGUUUAUCGAACCGGUUUCGAUUCGAUUCUGAAGAAGGAGUGGAACACUGAUGAAGCGCCGGUUAAAGUUUCUCCAAAUUUCACGACUUCCGCUUAGAAUUAAGUUCAGAUUUUCGUUGUCAGAAUUCGCGUUGACUUCGCACUUUUAAAAACGAUGGAGACCGGCGACUUUAGUCGGUCAUGGACGAUGGUCCAGGAUUAAAAAAAAUUAUCAAAGUAACAUGCGACUCACCGGUGCUGCAUAAGAAAGGCCUCACCUCGAUCGUCAUCUUCAGGCGCUUUGCAUCAGCAGAGGCAUCACACGUGCAACAGUGGCACAUCAUCGGGCGAUCAAUCAAUACAAAAUCAAAUCGAACUGAGUGUUUGUACACGCUGUUGACUCCCACUUGAUCCAGCCGGCGAAUACGGUGGCCAAGACGUUGAGGAAUCGUGUCAUCAACGCCACAAGCCUUCUCUAGUCGUUUGUACACGUUCACACGAGCGGGAGCACAACGAGAAACCCGUGGGGAUUGCGACAAAAUCCGUGAAAUCUCCCGCAAGCACCGACUCUUCAUCCAGACUUGUGGAUUCAUUGGGAAUUACCCCCGACAGUGUAUCAUGUUCGCACAUUUUUAUGGAGAGAAUUAAGCGUUUCAACGUCAAGUGGAGGGCAAACAGGUGCAUCAGUGUCGUUAAUCUUGUCGUAUACAUCGAACAUUCACUUUCGAGAAUAUCGGGUUUGUGGGACAAUAGUGAAAAACAGUGAAAAUACACCUCAUCUGCCGGAAUAUUUAUUUCCAAUUGUUGAAAAAUAUAAAUAGAAAGGCAAGUCACUGUGCGGCAAUUAAAAUUGUACAAUUGGAAACAAUGAUGAAAUGCCGAUGAAAUAAAAUAGUUCAACGAUGCAUCAGGGGAUGCGAGAGGAUCGUUCGACGAUCGAUACAUUUCCCUUUGGAAUUAAUAACUUUGUCCACACAUCCGUCACCGAGAUAUCACGUUUCAUCGAUAACAACACCAACAACAACCCAGAAUUAAUAACAAGUGACAGUUUCAAUCAGACAGCCCCCAGACGCGAUAGUCUCUACAUUGUUAUUCCCAUAACAAUUAUUUAUGCCGCUAUAUUCUUCGUUGGGGUUGUGGGAAAUGUCUCCACGUGUGUGGUUAUCGCUCGAAAUCGAUCAAUGCAUACGGCAACCAAUUACUAUUUGUUCAGUCUGGCUGUCUCCGAUUUACUGUUACUCGUGUCUGGUUUACCACCUGAGAUAUACUACAUUUGGUCACAUUAUCCUUAUGUCUUUGGCGAGGGCUUCUGCAUCACUCAGAGCUUUGCUGCUGAAAUCUCCGCCAAUGCAACGGUGCUCACUAUUACCGCUUUCACUGUUGAAAGGUACGUCGCCAUUUGUCAUCCGUUUUUUAGCCACAAGAUAUCGAAGCCAUCGCGUGCAGUAAAGUACGUUAUCCUAAUAUGGCUACUAGCACUGUGUCUGGCCAUACCGCAGGCUAUUCAAUUUGGUAUCACCUUUUCUCUCACACCGAAUGGCAGUAUCAUACCAGAAACAGCAUCCUGCUCGGUCAAACGGCAGAUUAUCGAGCAUGCUUUUGAAAUAUCAACAAUAUUAUUGUUCGUACUGCCGAUGACCAUCAUUACCGUACUUUAUGUACUCAUUGGCAUUAGAUUGAGACGAUCGAAGAUGUUGAUGGUUCUUAAACCUCAUCCAGUUUCGAUCAGGUUGAAUUGCAAUGACAGCGCGAGAUCGAAGACUAAGUCGCAGAGGAAUGUUAUAAGGAUGCUGGUUGCAGUGGUAGCGGCGUUCUUCAUCUGCUGGGCGCCAUUCCACGCCCAAAGAUUGCUGGCCGUUUAUGCAAAAAGUGUAGGCGAUGCCAGUGCCGAGUCCCUAGUGACCCCCUACACCAUCCUAACGUACGUCUCCGGAAUAUUUUAUUACCUAUCGACGACAGUCAAUCCCCUCUUGUACAACAUCAUGUCGCACAAGUUCCGUGCGGCAUUCAAGACAAUGAUAGCUGAAGGAUGUGGUGCCAGGAGAUCAAUUGAACGUGCAAGCCCCCGGAGACAGACGUACACCAGCCUCUCACCCUAUCAGAAAUCAAUGUCGAGAAGACCGGAGCAACAUUCGUGCUCGUACUCAGCUGGUGAUGACACACGACGCUUGACUCCGAUGACCCGGAAGGCGGAAAUGGAGCAGCGGUCUCCUCAGAACCCUGUCAUCACGAUUGGGGCGAUUGAAACUGCCCCGGGGGUCGUACCCGAAGCCACUGCCGAAGCGAAUUUCGGAGGGGGAAAUGACUCGGACACUAGUCAAGCCAAAAUUCUGACGUCACUUGGGAAAAGUCCUGAUGGAGGGGCUCAGCGUAACGAUGAAAUUGCCCAGAAUGCUGUUAAUAAAUGUCUCAUUGUUCAGAAACCUCUCAAGGCUGUCACCAUAGGAUUGCUUGCCGAACGCCUGAGAUCCAGUACAAAAGAGUUGUUCGCCCACCAGCAGAGACAAUCUAAACUAAGAACACGAGCCGAUCCCAGCCAAAAACCCCAAAGUAAAAUAAAAAGUCGUCCGAGCCUCGAAAGUGAGAAUACCAUAAGCAACUCCAGCCUCCAAGACUUGGACGAUACUGAAUUCACGGGAUGUGAACUGGCCGAGUACAUGGGUGAGAUAAACACCGAGCUCGUCACCUGACGCGGUCAUUACCUAGAGGAUGUCGAGAGUGAAGAUGAACUCUGAAAAUUAUUACCGAUGAAAUGAAAGCUUAUCCGUGUAGAAGUUAAUUUUCUACUGCACAUCUUCCACGGGUCUUCGCAAGUAUUAUCAAAAAAUAUUGGAAGGACCUCUCUGAUGGCCGAAAAAAAUCUCCGAAUACUUUCGGAGAACAAUCUUUUUCUAGAUGUUCUGAAUAUUACUUUGAAAAAAUUUCUUGAAAAACUCUUCCCAAUGGGUAGUCAAAGGUAAUUGUCUUUGAAGAGCUUUCACAGAUUCUUUAAUAGUCACCGGGAAGCUAUUCUCAAAAUCUCACAUGUAUUCUUGUGAAGAAUUGCGAAAGAUCUUCGGCUGCCAAAAAUUUUUUCUACGCGGAGUAGUGCAGCGAUUCAUUCCGAGUGUCGUACAAAAAUUUUCAGAUUAAUUUCUAUGAACGUAAUUAGUGAAAAUUGCUGAGGGAGAUUAUCGUACGAUUACAAUAGGGCUCCUUCGUCCAAAAUCAAUUUCAAUAUCUACAAGCUACCUGUGAUUAAUUUAAAGCUGACGCAGAAAUAUCGAAGAGUAGAUAAUAUUCUCUUGUACAUAAUUAAGAGUAGAACACUGAAGUUUGAUAUUUGUGUACCAUCGAUUCAUCAAUAAUGACUUUGAAUAUCAGUAGUUUUGUGAUUUAAGUAAGAAGAUGCAUGUAAUGAUUGUUGUAUUCACCGAUUAAGCAAUUUCUGCAUGAUAAAGUCAAUCAAUACAACGAAAUUUUGGUGGAUAUAUUGAUUAUUAUGGAGUCAAUCCGAACUUGGAGGAACUUGAGUACCACUAGACCGGUUUUUCCACACUUUAAUCAACGCAGAGUUGCACGAUGAUUUGCUUGCGUGCUGCAAGUGCUUAAUCCCUUCAUCCCUCUACAAGAAAUCAUUGAGCAAAAUUUCUGAUAUUCUAUUGCACACAAUUAAGAACGCAACA